UGUAAACCCCCACCUACAUCUGCUAAUUUCAUGUUUGUUUUGACUUCAUUUUCAGCUGAUUACUCAUCGUUUACUGAUUGUUUUUGGAAAAUUGUGCAAUGGGGGCCGUUUUAGGACUUUGUUCAGCCGCGCAGCUCGCUUGCUGCUGCGGAAGUGCCGCCUGUUCUCUUUGUUGUUCAGUUUGUCCAUCAUGUCGAAAUUCGACAUCCUCACGUCUUAUGUACGCCGUACUGCUACUAGUUACAACGAUUGUAGCUUGCAUUACACUGUCUCCAGGAUUGCAGGAUUUCUUACGCAAGGUACCUUUUUGUAAUAACUCGACUCGCUACAUUCCAAAUUCAGUCCACAUCAAUUGCGAGGAAGCUGUCGGGUAUAUUGCCGUUUACAGAAUAUGCUUCAUAGUUACUUGCUUCUUUGCUCUGAUGGCAUUAAUUAUGAUAGGGGUUAAAUCGUCGAAGGACGCUCGUGCUGGGAUACAAAAUGGCUUUUGGGGAUUAAAAUAUCUGCUAAUUAUUGGCGGAAUAAUUGGCGCCUUUUUCAUUCCCGAAGCAUCUUUUGGUUCGGUAUGGAUGUACUUCGGAUUGAUCGGCGGCUUUCUCUUCAUACUGAUACAACUAAUUUUGAUUGUUGACUUCGCUCACUCGUGGGCCGACGCGUGGGUGGGCAAUUACGAGGAGACCGAAUCGAGAGGCUGGUACAUUGCACUUUUGGGCGUUACGUUUCUCAAUUACGCCCUCGCACUUACCGGUGUGGUGCUGCUCUACGUCUUUUUCACUAAGGCCAAUGAUUGUAGCUUGAAUAAAUUCUUCAUUUCAAUUAACCUAAUUUUGGCAAUCGGUAUAAGUAUCGUAUCUGUUUUGCCUAAAGUGCAGGAAAAGCUGCCACGUUCUGGACUGUUGCAAUCGUCAAUUGUUUCUUUGUACACCAUCUACCUGACGUGGUCCACGGUCUCCAAUUCACCAGACUCUGAUUGUAAUCCUGGACUGUUGGGAAUAGUGGGCGCGAACUCUACAGCUAAGUCUACACAAUUGGGAUUUGAUGGACAGAGCAUUAUCGGUCUUGUGGUGUGGAUGGGUUGUAUUUUAUAUUCGUCUCUACGUACAGCAAGCAGCUCAUCUAAAAUUACUAUGUCUGAUCAAAUUUUGGCUAAGGACACUGGAGCAGUGAAGAGCAAUGCUGACGCCUCUCUUGUAACACACGAAGAACCUUAUACACCUAUCGCAGGUAAAGAUGGAGGCAAUGACGGUGGAGAAUCUGGUGAUAAAAAGGUAUGGGACAAUGAGGAGGAGACUGUAGCUUAUAACUGGAGUUUCUUCCACGUUAUGUUUGGUUUGGCCACUCUGUAUGUGAUGAUGACAUUAACCAAUUGGUAUCAACCAAAUUCUGAUCUAACUACUUUGAAUGCUAAUGCGCCCUCUAUGUGGUUUAAAGCAAUUUCGAGCUGGCUGUGUAUUGCAUUGUAUGGUUGGACUCUUGUUGCUCCUAUUAUUCUUCGCAAUCGUGAAUUUAAUUAAAUAUGUUACCUGCACUGUUAUGUAUUAUAUAAUAUUUGUGUGCUUUUGAUAUUAUAUGUAAAUUACUGUCGUGAACAAAUAUUGCAUACAAUUUUCUGGUAGGUUGCUAUGUUUGAUCUAAUAGUAGUGGAUUAGAGUUGGCUCGUGCAUAGUAUGUUAAUGUUUAUACUAUAUUAGAGUAAGUAGAGGACGCGUUUCAUUAUAAUCGUUUAAUCUUUUCAUAUUAGAAUAAAAUGUAUUGGGAAUUU